AUGCAACCUCAACACCGCUCUACUGAGGUAAUUGUGAUUGGGGCAGGAAUAGGAGGCCUUGCCGCCGCAAAAACCUAUUUCGAGUUGUCGCCCCUGAUAGACCUCGUGAUCGUCGAAAAGCGACCAACCCUAGGCGGUGUCUGGUCAGAAGAAAACUGCUACGAGGGCCUUAAGACAAACAAUCUCGGCGGAACAUACGAAUUCACCGACUUUCCCAUGGGAGAAAAAUAUGACGUCAAAGAAGACAGACAUAUCCCUGGCGCCGCGCUGCACUCAUAUCUAAAUGACUUCGCGGACAAAUUUGACAUCCGGCGUCGGAUCUCCUUCAAUACUCAGGUUCUAGAGAUCGAAAAACUCGGUCAAGGCUGGCGCCUAACUACCCAAACCAGCGACUCCUCUUCAUCAAUAAUGUAUACAUGUGACAAGCUUAUUAUUAGUAGCGGGCUGUCAUCAACCCCUAACCCAGUCAAUAUUCGCGGCAUUGACGAGUUCGAAAGACCAGUCAUCAAUCAUGCGCAGUUGCGCGGCAAGGGAGAGCGCAUUGCCCACGAUCCCAAUGUCAACACUGUUACUGUUAUGGGGGCUUCAAAAACAGGAUACGACGUCGUGCACAUGAUGGCAUCAAAUCACAAGAAGGUGCACUGGGUCAUUCGUGAGUCUGGAGGCGGUGGGGUCUGGAUGGCAUCUCCAUGGGCCAAAUUCGCGGGAGUCAAGACAAAGUUGGAGUUGCUUGCGACCACAAGGUUCUUCACAUGGUUCAGCCCAUGCAUCUUCGGUGAUUUUGACGGAUUCAGCUGGAUCAGAAAGAUCCUGCAUCAGACUCGUUUGGGGAGAUACUUUGUUCACAGAUUCUGGGAGAACAUCAGGGCAGAUAUCAUAUAUCUGAACGGAUACAGGAAGGAGGAAUGCUUGCGAUACCUCGAACCCCUCGAAAGUCUAUUUUGGUCUGCGCGAGUUGGAAUCCUUAAUUAUCCAGUUGAUAUCCACGACUAUCUUCGCUCUGGCCAGGUGAAGAUCAUACGGAAAGACAUUGACCAUCUAUCCGGACCCGGCAUCGUCACCUUUUCAGAUGAUACCAGUAUUCAAACAGACGCGUUAGUUGCCAUUACAGGGUGGAAGCUCGCCCAAUCGGUGGUGUACAAGCCUGACGGCCUGGACAGCAGUCUCGGCAUUCCGAGCAGCAAUGCCAGCGAAGAAGACAGAAUUUUGUGGCGACAACUAAACAACAAAGCCGAUGAAGAGAUAUUGGGUCGUUUUCCAUGCCUCCGCAAUCCUCCACCAGCUGUCCCCUACAAGCAGGAUGUUAGUCCCUUUCGACUGUAUCGUGGCAUUGCACCUCCAUCGCUCGUGGCGAAGGGCGAUAAUUCUAUUGCGUAUAUUAAGAUGGUCCACAGCACUAGCAACAUGAUUAUUGCAGAGUGUCAGGCGUUGUGGGCUUACGCGUAUCUUAACGGGAAGAUCACUCUGAACGAGACGAAAGUGUACCAUCAGACCGCUCUACUAAGUCGUUACGGAAAGCAUCGUUACCCCUGUGGAUUCUCGGCAUGGUAUCCAGAAUUUGUCUAUGACGCUAUUCCAUAUGUGGAUAUGCUUUUAUAUGAUCUUGAACUCAACCGCUGGAGAAAACCUACGUUAAGAAAAGAGAUAUUCGAAGGGUACACCAUCCAUGAUUACAGGGGGAUCACUCAGGAGUGGCUGAGGCUUCAAACACGGGCGGAUUAA